AUGUCAAGACACGGGAAUUCACGACGAAAUGAUAACCAAUCAAGAGAUGCCCAACUUAUGGGAAUUUAUCUGGCGCUGGAGAUUGCGGCGGCUGAAGAAGAUGUCCCGCGCAACAUUCCUUGUCGAACCUCACGUCUACAAGGCAGAUAUUACAUAGAGGAAGUUCUUGGCAAUGACACAAGGUGUUACGAGAAUUUCAGGAUGAACCCUCACGUAUUUCAUAACCUGUGCGAUACGCUAAGAGCAAAUUGUGGAAUCAGAAAUAGCAGGAAUGGUAUGACCGUCGAGGAGAUGGUCGGCAUGUUCUUAAUGGUAGUUGCACAUAGUACGCGCUUGGCCGUGGUUGCCGAACGAUUUCAGCAUUCUAAGGAGACGGUGUCACAAGUCAUCAAGAAUUGCAUUGGAGCAAUCGAUGGGACCCAUGUGUCUGCUUGUGUUCCAUCAUCGGUGAGAGGCGCGUAUCGCGAUCGGAAUAAUGAGAUUACGCAAAAUGUACUCGCCGCUUGUUCGCAUGACAUGAUGUUCACUUAUGUCGUCACUGGAUGGAAGGGUUCUGCUCAUGACUCUCGAAUUCUGUCCGAUGCCGCUACAUUGGAAUUAUUUCCUGCACCAUAUGGCGAACAAUAUUAUGUAGUCGAUGCGGGAUUCCCUAAUAUUCCGGGUUAUCUGGCUCCUUAUAAAGGCCAAAGAUUUGCAAUACUGCGGACAAUGUCAAAUUACGGCCAGCUUCGCCAAGGACAAAUUACUCUUGCAUGCUUCGUGUUGCACAAUUUCAUUCAGCUAAAUAAUUAUCACGAUAGAUUAUUCGAAGAGUAUGGAAAUGCAUGGGAAUAUUACGAUGAAUUCCGAAAUCCUCCUCAUCUAACUGGGAAUCGGGUUGAUGUAGACAUGAGAAGCAGGGAAAUGGAUGCAUUACGUAAUCGUAUUGCAAAUGCAAUAUGGAAUGCGGAAACAAGAGGAAACCGGUAA